AUGGAUGUAUUGUUUAAUCAAUAAAAUUUAUAUAUGAUAACUAUUAUUUAAUUAAUUUUUCUCCAAAAAUAUUAAACAAUGUUGUUUAUUAUCAUUGUCUUUGAAGUCUAGAUAUUUUAGAUAAAUUCAAAUUCAUGCGAGAUUUAGCAAAUACAACCCAUAAUAACAUGUUACUAAGAGGCUUAAGAUUGUUUUAUUUUAGAAGGAAAUGAGGAAAAUUAUUACAAUCUGAAGCAUAUUGAUAAUAAAAUUGUAUAACAACUAUUUACUAUUCCUUUUGAAGUUGUUCCAAUUCAAACAAGAAUUUUUAAAUCCUUAGGUUAAGAGGUUUUAUUAAAGAAACUUAUUUGUUAAUUAUUUUUAGAUCUUAACUAUUAUAUAACAUGUAUCAAAAUUGAUAUAUUAAAUUAUGAAAAAUAAGAAAAUAAUAUUGAAAGCAUCAAGAUUAAAACAAAUAUAACUAAUGAAGAGUCCUGUGAUGAAUUUUAUUAACUAGUUAAUGGUAACCUAUUAUUAUUUUGCAUGACCUAAUUUACUUUAAAACAAUAUUAAGUAAGCCUAUUAGGUGAAGUGAUUCUGAUAUUGGAGUAUGAUGUUUCUAUUUAAAUACAGGAUAAGUGCAAAAAGAAAUAAUUCAAUCUUUUUGAUAAAAAUUAAAUUAUAAUUGCAUUUGUCAAUUGUUUUUAAUGGAAGGUAUUUGAAAUAAAUAAUGAAUAAUUAAAAAUUAUAAUUUAAUCUAAAAUGAAGAAUUACAAUCCUGCUCUUGAGUUAUUUACUAAGAUAGAUCAUAUACAAAUUUGCUAAACAAAUUCAUUGACUCUUUAUUUUGUUGAGGCAAAUAAUUAUCUUUAAGUUAUGUGGGAAGCUGGCUAAGCAAUUCUUAAUACAAUAUACAAAAGUGAAAAUCAAAUAUUGAAAAUAAUACUUUCUAAUAUUUGUUAAAAAGUUCUCCUCAUAACAUAUAAAAAUGAGACAAAUUUAUAACCAGUUUAAAUUAUAAACUAUGAAAUAGUUUUAGAUAAUUCUUUUAAAACUGAUCAAAUUCAUUUUUUUUCUGGUUUUCUCUUUUUACAAAAUUAAAAUGAGUUAAAUAUAAGGAUUGAUGAACAUCUAUAUCAAAAAUAUAAUAUUUUAAAUUCAUCAUUAUUUUUUUUAGAAUAAGAUAACUUGUUUUAUUAAAUAGAUAAAUUCAAAGUAUAGUCAUAAUUCUAUAGAUAUUUUCCAAUAAGUAGUUAUGUUAAACCUUAAUAACAAUUUGUAUACCUAAUUAAGAGACUUGAAAAGCAUGGCUCAUAAUAAUUGUUAAAGUGUUUCAAAAUUCAAUAUGAAAAAAAGAUCCAAUAGAAUAAUAAUUUCUAGUAUUCACUCUUAGUAUAAAAGAAUUGCUAAUAUCAACAAGAAGAAAAACUCACUAUUGAUUCAUUUACUUAAUUUCAAUAACAAGAGUUUGAAUUUCAUAAUAAUAAGACUGGAAGCGUUAGAAUGAGUAUCAUAUAUAAAGAAAAACUAGAGAACUAAUGCUAUUAAAGAAUAAAAAGAUAUAAAUUUAAAAGUAAGAUUACUUUAUUAUCUAUUAAAAAUAUCAAUUUUAUAGUCUUCCAAGCUGAAAAUCAAUACUAUUUCCUUAAUUGUUAAAAAAACCAAAUUUAAUUGAGCAUAAAUAUCGAACAAUUUGAAGUAAUAGAAUAUCUAGAAGAUUAUUAUAUUAUUGAUACAAAUAAAAUGAAAAUCGAAAUGAUUUAACUUUUUUCAGGAUAAAUAACCUUAAGUUAAAUACCUUUUAAUAUGGAAAUAAUAAAAAUCUAAUAAACUUCUGAAUAAAUUAUUCUAUAUGUUAAGGAUUCAGAAUAUCCUUUAUUAAUAUAUUUAGAUUAGUUUUCAUAAAAUCAUUUCAAUUACAUCUCAUCAUAUCUUUAUGAACCAAAAUAAAUUUUAUAUUAUAAAGAAUAAGGGUCUUAUAAAUUGAUUCAAUAUGAAAAUAUUUUUGCCUAUGAAUUAAAUGGUGAGGUAAAAUGCUUUUAAUUAUCAGGAGUCUAAAUUAUUACUAUUAGAAAUUAGUUAAAAACUUCCUUUUGUCUUUGGGGAGUACAAAAUCAAACGAACUCACUAAUAUUAUAUCAUUUGGAUGAAUAUGCAUUACACCAAUUAAAUAAUUAUACUUUAUAAGAAUAUCAAUUCUCAAACCCUUUAAAGUACAAGUUUACUUUUUUGAAAUUAGCAAUUUUAAUUGAAAAAAACCAAUCUCUUUUUAUAGCUACAUACUCUAUCACUACAACAACAAUCCAAUUAAUUAAUAUUAUUUAAACAAAUGAUGUCUAUUUUGAAUUAAUCAAUAAUACUUUAUUAUAUUUGUAUAAUGGGUAAAUCUGGUACCAUUAUUUGAAUCAAAUAGUGUCCCUUAUUAAUAUUAAUGUUAGCAAUCAAUAAACAUUGCUCUAAUCUUAUCAGUUAACAUUAAAUCCAACCUACAAAUUUGAAGAUAGUAUCAAUUUUAGCAUUUUAAUUUUAAAUGAAUGUCAUCUUUUAUCUGCUUAAUCAAACUAAUUGAUUUUGAAAAUCGAAAAGAAUGAAAAAUUGAAGUUAAAAAUUUCUGAAAUGUUUUUGGGUCCAAUACAUAAUGUAACAAUAAAGGAGAAUGAAAAUAUUACAUUAUAGGGACCUUUGUAAUUUAUUAAACAAUUUAAAGAUUGCAUAGAUUCAUUUAUAUUUUGUAUUAAACAAAAGAAUAUUGCUUUUUUAGAUAACAAUAAGCUAAUAAUGUAUCCAUUUUCAGCAAUUAUUUUAGAAGACAAAAUUUUGUGUGAAAUUUCAUAAUUAGAUACAGAAAAUGUCCUAUACUAGGUAUUUUGGAUUUCAGAAAAUUAUUUUCUAUCGAUUUGUCAAUUAAAUGACUAUUUGCAUAUUCAUCUACUCUAGUGCAUCUUAGAAGACCAUUCAAAUUGUAAGGAACUCUAGGUAUAAAUCAUAAAAUUUAGAGUCGGUUUUCCUUUUCAUGAAAAUGUUAUUAAAACAUAAAAUUUGGUUAAAUUACAGAAUGCAUUGUAAUAAACCUAUCUAUUUAUUAAAAAUUAUAAUUUUAGUUUAAUUCACCUUUCAAAUAAUUAUAAUUUGGAUAUUAAAUACAUUGAGGAAUCAGUGGAUUCAUUUAUUGGGUUAGAAAAGUUGGAUUAUAAUUAAGUUUUUGAAGUAGAAAUAACGAUUUACACAAUCUAACUUAAUGGAAUUUGUAUCUAAUUCUCUUAGAAUGUCAUAAAAAUACUUAAAGAUUUAUUGCCUACAGUUGAGAAUAAUCCAACAUUAAAAAAUAUUGGAUUAAUUUAAUGCAAAUAGAAUGUAAAUAUUACUAGUGUCAUUCUAUUUAUGAGUUAUCGUAAUUUAUCCUUCAUGAUAUAACUCUAGAUUAAUAUUUAAAACAGUUCUAUUUUUUCUUUUGAGAUAAGAAAAUAGAUUAGGCACCCAUCUCUAAAUUUUGAUUUCAAGCCUGACUAUAUUGAUGAGAAUUAUUUAAUUGUAAAAUAGCUUAACUAAAAUGUUGCAUAUUAUUAUGAUCUACAAGAAGAAAGAGAAUAUUAUGAUACAAUUUAUCGUUUAAAUUCUCAUAUUAAAACCUUAAGAGUAAAUACUACACAUUUUAUUUUUAUAAACCAGUCACAGAUUUAUUGGGGAAUAAUAAAUUAUGAAUUAGUUUAUCAAAAUGUAGAAAAUUUCUCUUUGAAUUUUAUCUUAUUUGCUUAAAAUGAAGUAUCUGAUGCUCAAAUUUCAAUUUUUUUAUAGAGUCAUUAAAUUGAUUUAUGCAAUUCAAUGUAUGACUCUAAGAAGUUCAUCAUAGUUAUUUAACUAAUAAAUCUAAUUUUAAUAACCUUAUAUAUGAGAUUAAAAUACUUUCGAAAAAUGAAAUAAAAAAAAAUCACAGAUUUAAACAACUCGAGUGCUAAGAGUCGAUUUUAAAAAAUAAUUUGA